AAUUACAUGUCAUCAUACAAGUCCAGAUUUUCUCUGUCUACACAGAUCUCUGUCAAUUGUGAGGUUUAUGGAGAAUGAAGCGAACAAAGGCACAGAGACAUAAUUUACACAUUUUUGGUGCCCAAAAGAUGGCUGACGAUCAAGUAGUUCCACAUUUUUCUAGAUUUCUUCAUGAUGAUCCUUAUAUUAAACCAUAUCAAACUGAGAUAGAAAGAAGGUACAAGUGCUUUUCAGGUCUUAAGAACGAGAUAGAGAAAAACGAAGGUGGCUUGGAGAAGUUUUCCAGAGGUUAUGAGAGGUUUGGAAUCAACAGAACCCACGAGGGUGUGGUAUACCGUGAAUGGGCACCAGCUGCUUGUGGAGUGUAUCUUAUAGGAGACUUUAAUGGCUGGUCCAGGACUUCUCACCCAUGUACUAGGAAUGAGUUUGGAGUCUGGGAACUGACCAUACCUUAUAAGGAGGAUGGCUCAUCACCAAUCCCCCAUGGAUCAAAAGUUAAGGUUUCAAUCCAGCUUGAAAAUGGUGAUUUAGUGGAUCGUAUUUCUCCUUGGAUUCGUUAUGCUGUCUGCCCAGAAGACAGUAUUCUGUAUGAAGGAGUCCACUGGGAUCCACCACAGCCCUACCAAUGGCAGCACAGCCGACCCAAGAAAACCUCUGGCUUGCGAAUUUACGAGUCUCAUGUUGGCAUAGCCUCUGAGCAACCUGGCGUUGCUAGCUACAAGAACUUUGCUUACAAUGUUAUUCCGAGGAUAAAGAAGCUAGGGUACAACUGUAUCCAGCUAAUGGCUGUCAUGGAACAUGCUUAUUAUGCCUGCUUUGGUUACCAGGUUACAAACUUCUUUGCUGCCUCCAGUCGCUAUGGUACACCUGACGAGCUGAAAGAACUGAUAGACGUGGCUCAUGGCAAUGGAAUUCUAGUUUUACUGGAUGUUGUACACAGUCAUGCUGCCAAAAAUGUUAUGGAUGGUUUGAAUGAAUUUGAUGGGUCCCAGAGCUGUUAUUUCCAUGGUAGUGGACGUGGAUUUCAUUCUCUCUGGGACAGUCGACUCUUCAACUAUACCCAGUGGGAAGUUCUGCGCUUCCUUCUGUCCAAUCUUCGUUGGUACAUGGAGUGUUAUCAAUUUGAUGGCUUCCGAUUUGAUGGUGUGACAUCAAUGAUAUAUCAUGACCACGGACUGGGACACGGCUUUGGUGGAGACUAUCCGGAUUAUUAUGGACUCGGAGUAGAUACAGAAUCACUUGUCUACCUCAUGCUAGCCAAUGACAUGCUGCAUACUAUUUAUCCCAGUGUUAUCACCAUUGCUGAGGAAGUGUCCGGAAUGCCGGGCUUGUGUCGUCCGAUCAGUGAGGGAGGAACAGGGUUUGACUACCGACUUGGAAUGGCUAUACCUGACAGGUGGAUCAAGGUUCUAAAAGAGCUCAAAGACGAAGACUGGAACAUGUGGGACAUUGUGUGGACCCUCAUUAACCGUCGCCAUAACGAGAAGACCAUCGCGUACGCCGAGUGUCAUGACCAGGCCCUUGUCGGCGACAAGACCAUUGCGUUCUGGCUCAUGGACAAGGAGAUGUACUCGCACAUGUCAGACACGAUGCCGCUGACCCACAUUAUUGACAGGGGAAUAGCGCUUCACAAAAUGAUCAGGUUAAUAAGCUGUGGUCUUGGUGGAGAAGGUUACCUAAACUUCAUUGGAAAUGAAUUCGGCCACCCUGAAUGGCUGGAUUUUCCACGGGCGGGAAACAACACUAGUUAUCACUAUGCGCGCAGACAGUGGAAUCUAGUGGACGACCCGUUGCUAAGAUAUAGGUACCUGAACGAGUUUGACCGAGCCAUGCUGCACUUGGAGGAGAAAUAUCAUUGGUUGGAAUCCCCCCAGGCUUACGUUAGUUGUCACCAUGAAGAUGACAAAAUGAUUGUAUUUGAGAGAGGUUCUUUGCUGUGGGUGUUCAACUUCCACUCGACCAAGAGUUUUGCUGACUACAGAGUCGGUGCAAGCAUCGCUGGGAAAUACAAAAUAGCUUUGCAGACGGAUGCCGCUGAGUUCGGCGGGCAUAAACGGCUGGAUCCAAACUGUGAAUACUCUGUAGACAGCCAACCUUGGCAUGACAGGCCGUUCUCUGUUUUGGUGUACGUUCCGUGUCGUACCGCUCUGGUUCUAGCACCGGUUUAACCUCAAUCCCAUUUUGGGCUCAAUUUCUCCAUAGCUGUGAAUUUCCGUAUUUUCACUUGUAAUCUAGACUAUAUGUUCGCGCAUUCUAGGUGUAACUCGAUAUUCACAUCACCGUUUUAUGAGAGAAUGUGACUCCAGAUUUCCUUCCGAAAGAUAAACAUAUAGCUAUCUAGUUAUCUUAUCCUGAUGUCCAAUUUAUUUUAAAUUUGGUUGUAGCAUAGGGUGACAAUAAACAAUACAACACGAUACGUAUAUACUUUUUAAAAUUUUUAAAUUUCGAUCAUGUAAUGGACUAUUUCUUCAUAUUCUUUCAUUGAACUGGGACGAGCUUUGCAGUGGAAGCUAUAUUUCUUUUUGUUUUGUAUUUGGUUUCAGUUGAUGUAAAUGACGUGAAGCCGUUUCACAAAUGGCCGUGUUCUUGUUAAAGGAUGGAUUAAUUAAUGGAUUUUAUUUUAAGAUUGGGUUUGUAAUCGUGUUAUGGGUACUAGGUUAGACUAAUAUUUUAUAUUAAAAAAAUAGGAAAUAGGAAAUAAAUAUUGUUUGGGUAUUAUUUUGAA